AUGCAAAGACCCAGGUCUCAAUCCAGCAUCUAUGAUAUAUUCCCAGCUCAACGCGAUUUCACAAAACCUAGACACAACAAAUCUCAUCCAUAUCAAGAAAUGGCAGGAGAUCCGCAUAGGAAAUAUUCAGAAAUAAAAGGAUUUUUAGAGCUUAAUCAGUCUCCAUACGUUACAAGUGAAAAAUAUCAUGCAUUAAAUAAAGUGACUAGUGAUAAAUCUGUGGUUCGCUCCACUAGCACAUUGUUUUAUGAUCUAGACAACCUAGCAAAAAGACAUUCAUACCACUGUGUUGCUGGCUUUAGUAUAUCGACUAGUAACAUUUUAAAUAUGAAUCCAAAUAAUAAUCAUAUGAAGAAUAGUGGUUUUGAUGCUAAAUCUAAUGCUAUAGUACAAGAAUGUGCUACGGAGAAUCAACCAAAGAUAAAGGCGAAAGAUAGUAUAUCGGUAAACAGCAGAAAAGCUAAAAGAAUAUUACAGAGUAAUUUAAUGCUUUCAUCAGAUAUGUUCAUUAACACUGAAUUGAAAGAAAAAGACAUGAAUCAUUCACAUGAACUAUAUGAAAAAGAACAGAAAUUUUGGUCUUUUGCGAAAUAUCAUACAGAGUAUACAAAGCCGCAACCUGAAGAAAAACGAAAUAAGAACAAAAAUCACACUAAACAAACCGAAGACCCUUGUCCAUGUCAGUUGUUUUCAUAUGCCUGCCCAUGUGCAGAUAAAAAAUCUCUGACAAAUUUGGCGAAAAACAGUAAAAUUGCAGCAGUCGCUAACCAAGUCACCAGUACAAUGAAAAUUUCAAUAUCCCAAAGAAAUAAGAAUUUCAGUGUACCUAAAGAAGACAGUGCUAAAGUUACUGUAGAUAAAGUUGUUAAUGCUAAAGCAACCGAGGAACUACCAGAAUACAAUAUAGUGAGAGUGUCUGACCAAGUAUCGCCACCGUCUAUGUACCAAAGUAAUGUUUCAAAACAUCAUUGCAAUGAAAAUAAAACAAGGAGCAGCUCUAAGCAAAAAAAUAUGAAAAAACCCAGGCAAGUCACAUGUCCAAGGUGUAAAGAAAGAAUCGAUGUACUAAGCUUCACAGAAGAAGAAGAGUGCUUAAAUUUUUCAACAAUAAAUCGCAUGAAAGACAAUCCAUCUCCAGGACAGUGCUCCUACUCAAGCAGUUUAAGUCAGAGAAGUAAACACGAUGGAGAUAUUUGUAAUCACGAUCCACCCUGUGAAAUGGUGCCCGUAUGCCAAAUUUUACCUUCAGAACAAGCUUUUAUGAAUAGUACAAAAUGUUUUAAAAUGGAGUCCAAAAUGAAGAACACAGCAAAAACAAUAAAAAUAACUAAAGCUUGUCGACAUCAUCCUCCUUGCACAGUAGUACCUUCUUGCCAAAGAAUGAGGGUAUUAAGUAAUAACUGCGAAUUUAUACCACCUUGUAUACACCGACCGCGUUGUGUGAAUUUACCUUUAUGUGUUCCCUUUUCAAAAACAAUAGACUACGAUGAGCUAUUAAACAGAUCAGCGAAUGAAGAAGAUAAUAAUGUAAAAUGCCACCAUAGUAAUAUUUACACGACUCCCACAUACGUGCCCUUCUAUCAACGUGACUCUAUCAACAAUAAUAUAGAGCAUCAUUUUUGCGCAACCCACAACACUUGUGAAUUUGUCAAUGAUUAUGAGCCAAGGUUUUUCAUUAACCCUAAAAGGCAAGCAUCACCUAUUCUCACAUCAUAUCAGACCUCGUCGCCAGUGUCUUGUUCUUGUCCUAAGCCAAAUAAAUCUUGCCAAUAUGAAUGCGACGAUUGUAAAUGCAGAAAUAAUUAUAUUCCGAUUAAAAGUGAAAGUGGUGACGUCAUCGUUUACAUUAGAGACGUCGGUUGCCAGUUUAGAAGUAAACAAAGUCCAUGUGAUAAUUCUUUACGAUCUAAAAUGUCAUGCCCCUCCUUCCAAGAAGACCCAAAGGUCGACAACUAUUUUUCUAAUUAUCACACAUUGCGAUAUGAAGAUAAAUUUACCAAUCCUAUUUCUGGUGGUGAUCAAACAGUUUCAUCUAGUUCUAUCGAAAUUGAUAUUCACUGUCCCUCUCAUGGCAGGGAUAAGAAGCAAGUUCUGUCAGAACUGAAUACAGGUUUCAAGCCUAGGGCAUCUCCGGUAGUAGCUAACUGUUCUCUACAUGAUCCAAUUGUAGAAUAUUGUAUGACGACGUGCAAAGAAGACAUAGAAAAGAAAAGAAAAAAAUCGCACAGCAUCUUGAAUACUGUAACAUCGCGGAAGAGUUUUCUUAAGGGUAAACAUAAAAAAUUACCUUCUGUGAGACGACGAAGAAAAUCUCGACUUAGUUAUCAAAGUCUUUUAAACUCCAGCUCAAUGAAAAGUUACACUGGUGAGAGGGCGACAUAG